AUAAAAACAUAAAUAAAAACAAAAACUUUCUAUUUUUAGAGAAGUUUAAGGGACAAAAAUGACAAAAUCAUGUCUUUUUGGGAAGUUGCCGGCAAUGUUGCGUAUUAUUUCUUCCUUUCCGUCGCCGCCAUUAUCUAUUUACUUGUAUUAGGCGCUUAUUACUUUUUGAAACAUUGUGUUGUCCUUCCAUUAAUACGACUUUUUGAAUUUUUAAAUGAGUGGGCUUCAAAUAGAAGACGAUUCGGCACCGACAGAUUCACUUCCGCAACUCCUUUGAUGCGUGAGCCACGCCAAAAUUGGAAUACCUUCGCAGCUCGCAACAAUUCUCCGGUCCAAAGAUCAACUUUUGUCACUCUCGAUGGAAGUGUUCCCUCAGAUGGCGAAAUUUUAUCUGCUUUUGUGCAAGAAGCAGCUUCCAGAAAUAUCAAAGUCACGAUAAUUCAAUGUGAACCUGCCUCAGUUCACGCUCCAAGUGCCUCUCGGAAUACUUCUCAAGUAACUUCCAAUGCUCAAAACGGACUUCCAAGCUCAAAUCAGGAUAAUUCUGCGGGACAAACUACCGGAAAUCGAUUUUCUAACGUUUUUCGACCCCAUGGACCCGCCAAUUCUGCGGCGAGAAGUCAUCGGAAUUACGAAAGAUUAAGAAAUAAUGAAAAUUCAUCACAAAAUCGCACCUCAAGAUCGAGAACUUACUCGAAUUCGUCGUCAACGUCGUCAGUUAAUGCGAAUAAUCGUUGCGUUGUUUGCUUAAGUCAGCGAAAAAAUCACAUACUAAUUCCAUGUGGUCAUUUGUGUGUUUGUCAGGGAUGUGCGAACCAGUUACAGAACAUGGAUUCACAUUGUCCGCUUUGUCGGAGAGGGUUUACACAAAUUAUUGCAGCUUAUGCGUAGUGCCUUGUAAAAAAAAAAAUAAUAAUUUUUAAUCAAAAAGUACGGAAAAAUUAAAAAAAUUUCCUGUUUCACUAAUUAUUUUUAAUUUUAUUAAUUUUUUUUUUCUUUUUUUGACAACAAUAUUAUUGAUAAAAUUAGAUUUCACAAAGUGAAAUUUGAUUUUUUUGUCCACAAAAAUAAAAAUUGAAAAAAAAAAGUAAAUGUGAUAUUUUACAAAAAA